GGGGUUAGCUUUAGCUACUUUAGGGGGGGAAAGGAAAGACUCCUCGCCGACAGAGACCGGAUACUACAUACUAACCGGAUACUACAUACUAACCGGAUACUACAUACUAACCGGAUACUACAUACUAACCGGAUGGCAGAAAACAGGAUGGGAAAAGGAAAAAAAAAAAAAGAAAAAAGAAAAAGAAUAUAUACUUAUACAUAUACAUGUAUGUAUAUGUAUAUAUACAUAUGUGUAUAUGUAUAUAUGCAUAUGCAUUUAUGCAUAUGCAUAUAUAUAUAUAUAUAUAUUACUCCACUUAUACAGGAAAACUUCUGGAAGGAUGAAGUCAAGGACCUGUGGAAAGACCUGUCCGCAGCAAUGACAAAGACAAAUGGUAAAGACACUAAUGGAGGUCAAUGUGCUAAGGUGGAUGGUGAAAGGGAUGCAACUCAUUCCGAACAGACGGCAUGCAAUUAUUUGCAUGCCGGAUUAACUGAACUGUACAAGACGAAUGGGUCGACGCCGACGGCGACGCCGUCGGCAGCCAACGGCAAACUUUUGGACAACCCACUGCUGAGACAAACAGUUGGUUGUUUAUUACUCCACGCUUAUGCAAAGAAAAUGAAGAGCGAAGCUAAAUGUUUAGUUGAAUCAGGAAUUAAAAAAGCUUUUGGUACUGCUCCUAAAGAUUUUAAUAAAGAAUGCGAGAACGGUAGUUCGUGCAUUGAAUGUAAAUGGGAUGAAAACAUCUUUAAGACUUGCACAAUUACCACAAAGAACACUCCCGAGGGGGUAGAAAAGAAGUUAACUGAAGUACAGUCCAAAAUUAACAACACCUCCACUUACACCCUAAAGGACAUAAACAUAACAGCGUCUUUAUGUGACAAAAUCAAAUGCGCCGCAUCCAAUUGGUUCAGAAGGCAGAAGGAAGCUUCAGCAGCCAAUGGUGGAACGACGAAGACUUGGUGUCAAUUUUGGGAUGAAGGCGUCAAAGUCGAACUGCAGAAACUAUUUCAAGACAUCAGUAGUAAAGGUACAAACGGGACUAUAUAUUGUAAAUAUUUUGGUGAUGGUAACGCUGAUAGUGUUGAAAGAAAAGCUUGCAAUCACAUCGCGGCGGGACUAAAAUACAUUAAGGACAUUAAUUCUAGUGGUAAUGACCAACUGUUCAAAAGAAUAGUUGGUUGUAUUGCUCUUAACAUGUACGCUGAUGAAAUUAUUAAAAGGUCCCAGGAUAAAUGUCCCAUUGAUAAGAAAAGAAUUGAACAAAUGUUUAAGUAUUGGAAUUUAUUUAAUAAUAAUAAUUCGUGCUCAAGUGGCGAUAAUAAUUGUUUUAAGUGUGAAAGGAAUGAAAAUUUUAAGGAUUGCGAACUAAGUGUUUCCAACACUUUGUUUAAUCCACAACCAAAUGGAAAUUGCGAUAAUGGAGCAACUAACGUGAAGACUAAAAUGGAAGGUCUCCUUCUCAACAACGAACACAACCCAUCCAAAUCCAUCCCCCAAGUGAAGUCUACUUUAACCACUAUCACUAACAUGGACACUUUCUGUAGUAAAAUGCAAUGUGCAGCAAAACAAUACUACAAAAGUAACAACAAAAAUGCAAAACCACUAUCUUGGAGUGACAUCGACAGUGACGCCAAGGAUGAAUUAAAAGAACUUCUGGAAUAUAUGAUAAAACCGGAUAAUCAGUCGGCUGCUGCCCAAUACUGCAAAGACAACGAAAAUAAAUGGAAUGCAAUGGGCCAUAAAGAGGGCAAAACAAAUAAAGCAGCUUGUUUACUUUUUGCUUCAGGGUUAAAACAUAUUUAUACCCAUGGUAUUGUCCAAAAGAAUGGCCAGGUUAAGGACCAUGUUAAAGGCCCAUCGUUUGAACAAACGAUGGGUUGUUUAUUUCUUAAGGAAUAUGCAAAACAAUUAAAGGAAAUGGCAAAAAAACAAAAAAAAUAUAGGGUACAUCCUAAUUGUAGUGUAGAUUCUGGCAUAGAUCAUGCUUUUGAAAAAAGUAAAGUCAUUAUGCAAGCAUCAC